GUUGGUGAAGGCCUCCAAUUUCGACCUUGUUGCCUGGAGUAUACUCCGUAGGCCCUCUCUGGAUUUUUUUAUAGCUUGCUCAGAGAGCCUUACCUCACACUUUGUGCACGCUCCAGCACUGAUUCAUCAUCAUGCCUGCUGAUAUCCGGAGCUUCUUUGGCGCGAAGUCCAGCCAAGGCUCAAACCCGUCUCCCGCGAAGCCGGCUGCGAAGAAAGAGGAGCCUUCUACUCGCAAGAAGCGUACUAGAAAGGUCGUCGAUGACAGUGAUGAUGAAGAGGUUACGGAGGUAAAGGCUGCGAGCCCUAAGGCGAAAGCAACACGCAAGCCUAAACCCGAAGCGUCACAAGGAGAACCGACCUCUACUUCGGAUUACUUUGCUUCCAGCAAGAAGCGAGGAGGGCCCGCGAAGAGCAACAAUGUGACCACAACGAAACCGUCACAGCCGGUCCCAGCCGAGACGGCGGAUAAAUCCCCGAAGCCCAAGACACGCGCAGAGACUCAGAGUACUCCUAAGAGAGCUUCCCGCGCGUCUACCCGGAAGACGAUCACUGUUGCAGAUGACGACGAGGAGCUGGGCGGCGACGACAUUUUCGCGACAGAAUACAAAAAGGCAGGCAAGGGCGACGACGACUAUGUCGAGGAGGAUGAGAAGGAUGGUAACGAUGACGAUUUCGAGGAACUCGCCGUGAAACCUGCCAGCCCGGCAAAAAGAGGGGGACGGGGUAGAAAGGCACCUGCUGCUGUGUCGGAUGACGAUGACGAUGACGAUGUGGUAAUGGAAGAUUUGCCCAAGCGCUCCUCGCGCGCGGCGCAGGCAACUACCUCCCGUACGGCUCGGAAACGCAAGUCGGAAGCCUUGGACAAAGACGACGAUCUCGAGUUCGGGAGCGGUUCUAAGAAAGAUGCGGCAAAAGUGAAGGCGGCAUCGCAUGCCCCAAAGAAACCACGAGCCUCUCCUACGAAGACUGAUCGACCUGAGAGUAAGGAAAUACAGGAUAUCUUUGACAGCAUUCCGACCAUCAGACCUCCGUCCCCUCCGCCACAGUCAGGAGAAAAGAAGAAGUUCAACUACGCUGCACAAGCACAGCGUUCAAGGUCACCCGUGGGCGGAAGUGUCGAGAUGCCAGUCGGAGCGGAGAAUUGUCUCGCUGGACUGUCAUUUGUCUUCACUGGUCUUUUGGACACUUUGGGUCGCGAGGAGGGUCAAACUCUGGUCAAGAAGUACGGCGGAAAAGUGACGACAGCACCUAGUUCGAAAACGAAUUAUGUCGUUUUAGGAGCAGAUGCUGGACCCAAGAAACUCCAGACAAUACAACAACACAAGAUCAAGACAAUUAAUGAAGAGGGAUUAUUUGAACUUAUUCGACGACUUCCAGCGAAUGGAGGCGACGGGAAGGCCGGAGAGAAAUACGAAGCGAAGAGAAAAGCGGACGAAGCUAAAGUGAAGGAGAUGGCCGCCGAGAUUGACAAGGAAGAGAAGCGCAAGGAAAUGACCGCUCGUGCCUCGAGUAAAGCCACGCCUUCGGGAUCUCAAGCGCCCCAAAGCUCUCAAGGCCCCAAAGUUGACGAUCAGCUCUGGACGACCAAAUACGCGCCAACCUCGAUCAAUAUGAUUUGUGGCAACAAAGCCCCAGUCGAGAGACUUCACAACUGGCUAAGGGACUGGCACAAGAACGCCAAAUAUAACUUCAAGCGACCUGGUAAAGACGGAAGCGGUCUCUACAGAGCUGCAAUCAUUCACGGACCCCCAGGAAUUGGAAAGACAACUGCAGCUCAUCUCGUUGCGAAGCUGGAGGGUUACGAUGUUGUUGAGACGAACGCGAGUGAUACAAGAAGUAAGAAGCUUGUCGAGAACGGCCUCCUCGGUGUGUUAGACACAACAUCUUUACAAGGAUACUUUGCAGGCGCGGGGCAAAAGGUAAACAGCGACAAGAAGAAUUUGGUUCUUAUCAUGGACGAAGUUGAUGGAAUGUCUGCCGGCGAUAGAGGUGGUGUCGGAGCACUGGUUGCUGUCGCGAAGAAGACUCAUAUCCCCCUCAUUCUCAUCUCUAACGAAUGGAAAAUCCCGAAGCUGAAGCCCUUUGAGGGCAAUGUCUAUGACCUUCCAUUCCGUCGUCCGACUGCAGACCAGAUGAGAGCCCGCCUUUCGACCAUCUGCUUCCGCGAGGGCUUGAAGAUACCGCCCCAAGUACUGGACGGUCUCAUUGAAGGGACCCAUUCCGAUAUUCGCCAAGUUAUCAAUAUGCUCUCCACUGUGAAACUUGACCAGCAGAACUUGAAUUAUGAAAAAGGGCGGGAAAUGUCGAAAGCAUGGGAAAAGCACAUCAUUCUUAAGCCUUGGGAUAUCGUUAGCAAGAUCCUCGGCCCGCAAAUGUUCGCCCACACGUCCAAAAGUACUCUCAACGACAAGAUCGAACUUUACUUCAACGAUCACGAAUUUAGCUAUCUGAUGGUCCAGGAGAAUUAUCUCAAGACGACUCCAACAUUGACCACAUCGUAUAAAGGCCGAGAACAAAAAUUGAAGCAACUCGAGCUGAUUGACAAUGCAGCUUCUAGUAUCAGCGACGGUGAUCUUGUGGAUCGCAUGAUUCACGGGACACAGCAGCAGUGGAGCUUAAUGCCUACCCAUGCUGCCUUUAGUUUUGUCCGACCCGCCAGCUUUGUAUAUGGAGGCUUCAAGGAACGUCCUGUAUUUGCUGGUUGGCUGGGCCAGAACAGCAAGCAAGGGAAACUGUGGCGUUACGUCAAGGAGAUUCAGGGUCAUAUGCGUCUACGUGCGUCAGGCGACCGAGAUGAGAUCCGACAACAGUACAUGCCCCUGCUGUGGGAUCGACUGGUCCGUCCGUUGAUGGAUGACGGCAAAGACGCUGUUGAGGACGUCAUUGAUCUCAUGGAUAGUUACUUCCUUACGAGGGAAGACUGGGAUGCUCUAGUGGAGUUGGGAUUGGGUCCGAUGAACGAGUCCAACGUGAAGCUGGAAACACAGACCAAGGCCUCAUUCACGCGAGUUUACAACCAACGCUCACACCCGCUUCCGUUCAUCAAGGCAAGCAGUGUGUCGGUUCCCAAGAAGCUGGCGAAGGAGAAACCUGAUCUUGAAGACGCUUUGGAGGAAUCGGAUGAAGAGGAGGUUGUUGAAGAGUCAAAGGAGGAUGAUGAGGCGGAGGAACUUGAUCUGAAGAAAGACAAGUACGUCCGAGUGCCCAAGAAGUCGGCCCCCAAGGGCGGCGCCAGCAAAGGAAAGAAGACCAAGAAGACAGCGGACGACGAAGCUGUCGAUGACGAAGAGAAGCCGAAGAAGCCCCGAGGCCGGAAACCUAAGGCGAAGUCUUGAUGUUGACACGAAGUGAAACCUUCUAUGUAUGAUACCGUGAGCGAGCCGUUGAUAUGUGGCAGGGUAUGGUAGGACUUGCAGGACUGCUUCUCAUAAUUAGUAGCGUGGAUGGUG